GGGCUGCUACGUCAAUACAAGGUUUUUCUUUCUUCUCUCUCCGUCCAGUAGGUGGCGGAAAUGCGCCGAUGUUGGUUUGCAAGCCGCUGUAAAUGAUAAAGAAGAAGAAACGCGUUUCGGUUUCGCGCAUCAGAGGAAGCAUCUCUUUAAAUCGAUAAAGAGCUCCGUGUUAAAGACGUUGUUUUUACGAUGUGAUUAUGUAAAAGUUCUGGAUUACCGCAAAAAGCUGAGGUGAAACUGUAGAAACGCUGCAUGUACUUUCAGCUGGAUGUGUAUGAACUGGGAUUCAGGCCAAUAAAUAGAAGAUAUAUCUCCAUCUCUGUAAACGUGGCGAAGCUAAGUUAAGUGUGUUUUCCAAACGACUCCAGAUCAAGACUUUACUGAAGACAUGGAGUGUGUUAAAGAGGAGAGAGAAGACAGUGAUGCAGAAACAUGCGGAGAGAAAGAUGAAGAAACUGAGGAACACAGAGAGCUGACGCAAGAGAAAGAAGAAAGUCGAGAGAAUGACGUAGAGGAGAAACAUCAGGAGGGGGUAAUAAAUGCAGAAAAAUCUCUCAGGCGCUCAGAAACGAAAAAGAAACCCUCGCAUGAAGCCAGUAAUUGCUUCGUCUGCCCCGAGUGCGGCAAGAGCUUCACACAUAAAGGACACUUCAACGAACACAUCAAGAUCCACUCCGGAGUCAAGCCCUUCAGCUGCCCUCACUGUCAGAAGAGCUUCACCUGUAAAGGACACCUGAAACGCCACGUUCGCAUCCACACCGGCGAGCGUCCGUACGCUUGCAAUCAGUGCGGGAAGAGCUUCAAGUGCGCCACCAACCUCAAAGACCACCAGCGCUCGCACUCGGGGGAACGGGCCUUCGCCUGCCAGCAGUGCGGGAAGAACUUCAUCCUGGCGUCCAACCUGAAGGCGCACCUGAAGAUCCACACUAACGAGAAGCCCUACGUGUGCGCCGUCUGCGGGAAGGGCUUUCUGCGGCUGGGCUGCUUCAACGAUCAUCAGAAGAUCCACACGGGAGAGCGAGCGCACAUGUGCUUCGAGUGCGGGGACACCUUCACCAGAUCCAGCGCUCUGAAGCAGCACCAGAAGAUCCACAGCGGAGAGAAGCCCUACACCUGCUCGCACUGCGGGAAGGGCUUCACUCACUCGGGAGCGCUGAGGAGACACGAGCGCGUUCACACCGGAGAGAGACCCUACCUCUGCAGCGCCUGCGGGAGGAGGUUCACUCAGUCCAGCGAUCUGCAGAACCACAGAAAGAAGCCCUGUCCCAUGCUGCCUCGCUCCGAGCAGAGCCCGGCCUCCGCUCCAGUGCAAACACUGACACCUUCUGUGUGAAGACUGGAUGCAGGCUGAUAGGGAUGUAACGAGAUCAAAAUCUCACGAUGCGAUAUUUAAAGCGCCCCUAUUAUGGAUUUUUGAAAAAGAUCUUUCAUGCGGUGUGUAACACAUCUGAGUGAAAACAUCCUGCAAAGGUUUAAAUCUGAGAGUGCACCGUGUAUAAAGUUAUCGGGCCUCAUUCAUGAAACACGAGCAGAACGAAUUCUUGUUCUGACGUAAACUUUCGAAUUCAUGAAAAUGUUCGUAUUUUCAAAAUGUUAGUUGGUACGAAAGAAAUGUACACCUGCUCCUUACCCACGUUUACAUGGUGUGUAAAACAUUGUUCUUUUUGGCAAACUGAUGACACUGAAUUCUGAUGCAAUGCCAUGAUAAUACUUUACAAGUUUCUAUAAAUAAUAUUUAUAUAAUAUUUUACAAGUGUUUAUUUAUUUAUUUUUUAUUUAGUUGAUAAACUGUUCAGCUUUGGGUAGAACGCAGCGCUUGUCACUGUCACUUUUUACCCAGCCGUCCAAUCAAUGGAGGAGGGGGCGGGACAAAUACUACACCGACCAAUCAUCCUGCUUCUACAACAACUGAACAACAGAGAAGUUAAUAUCACUGGCAACUGCAUUUUUAUAUUCAGUAAUAUUCUUCAAAAUGAGAUACUAGUAAUAUAUUACUUCCGUGAAUAUUCCUAAUCAUGGCAACCAAAGCGUUCUCGAGCGCCACCAGCUGGUCGUUUUCAGAAGAGCACCUGACAUUUUUCAGCUGGCUAAAAACACUUUGAUGGAUGCAUGUUGUUGAAUAUUUGGCAUAUGGCCUAUUAGUCUUUUUUGCAUCUAUGCAAUAUACUGGAGCCAAACCUGAGAAAGUAGACCAGAAUAUUCCACUGCGUUCCUGGACACGCAAUUUGCAUAGCUGUAAAUCAUAGGCGGGGAUUAUGCUAAUUGUGUACGAGCGUGCACACACACCCUAUUUACGAAUGAUUGGCAUUCAUUAACAUACGCAUGUUUAACUAUCAAAUCGGAUGUUAACGAAGCGUUUGUGAAUCCGGAGGAGAGUUUUCAGGAAGGCCCGUUUUACGCGCAAAUUACUCCUAUAUUUACGAAUGUUUCAUGAAUGAGGCCCAAUGUCUCUCAAAAGAAAGAGUCGACUCUGAAUCAUUGGAACGAGUCGUUUUUAAAACUAAUCCCAAGCCGUUUCAUGCUGACGUCAACAUGAAACAUUAGCAUAUUGCCGCCCACUUGUUGGUCUUUUCAUGUUGGUCUGAAUGAAAAUGCAAAUUCGUUCUUUGCCACUAGGUGCUGCUUUUGGAGCGUUAAAAAUAGCGAUAUGAUCCAGAUGUAGUAUUUGACAAAAAUACGAUUUUCUCAGCUUUUUCAUCCAAUACUGAAAGAAAUGAUGUCAUCAUAAGUAGUCAUUGAAUGAUUCACUCGAGAGAUUUGUUCAAAAACCCUGAUUCAUCCAGGAACGAAGCACGCAAAGUCUUUAUGAGGGAGUCAUUGAAUUACUCAUUCAACUACUUAAUAACUAUAUAUUUUUGGAAUAGACUGCAGCAAUAAACUUUUUGUCAGAACUUCAAGUAAAUUUAAUUUAGUUUUUCUAUUCAGAAUUGUGGGAGAAUCGUGAUCUGUUUUUUUUUAAACAAAAGCAUUGUGAUUCUCCGUUUCUCCACGAUCACCAGCAGUCUGCUGUUCCUCCACCGAAUCAAUCAGGAUUCCUGCAGUCUGCUGGAACACAACCAUUAUUGUGGUUGUUCUGGUUUCUAACUGUGUAUUUGGCUUUGCAGAAACCAGUCUGUUUGGUCAGGACAGCCAGUCUUGUGCUGGAUCUGAUCAUCACACACUAACUUGUAGCGUACAGUGUGGAGAUUACAUGCCGUUUCCAGAAAUAAAAAGCUACACCAGU